AUGUCCGCCUCUGCUUCCCCACAUUUCCGCUGCUUCCCCUCGUUUCCCCCUCUGCUCUCAUCGUUCCCCCCCUGCUUCCCCUCAUCCCCCCCCCCUCCUUCCCCUCAUUUCCCCCCCUCCUUCCCCUCAUUUCCCUCUCUGCUUCUCCUCAUUUCCCCCCCCUGCUUCCCCUCAUUUCCCCCUCCGCUUCUCCUAAUUCCCCCCUCCGCUUCCCCUCCUUCCCGCUUCCGCUUCUACUCAUCCCCCCCUCCUCUUCUCCUCAUUCCCCCCUCCGCUUCUUCUUAUCCCCCCCCCUGCUUCUCCUCAUUCCCCCCUCUGCUUCUCCUCAUUCCCCCCUCCCUUCCCCUUAUUUUCCCCUCUGCUUCAACCUGUGCAGAGACUUCACAUUCUCUCCGUGCUUCUCUGUCCCCUAGUCCCCCAUGCGCAACCCUGUGCCCAUCAGGUGGUGGACGAGGCAUGCCGCUUGCUGUGCCAGUGGUGGACGAGGCGGACCGGCUGCUGCGCUAG